UCGUGGGACGGCUUCAUUAGCGAUCCGCCAAGGGGCUUGUUCACAGAGAUUGUCUCUGAGAGCGAGUCCUGACCGCGCAGAGCGUUGGUCUCUGCGAGCAAGGAGUCCUGGCCGCGCAGAGCGUUGGUCUCUGCAGCGUGUGCUGAAUGUCGUUUGAAGUUUUGAUGAGGCAUUGUCUCAUCUGUGACAUCAUCCAUUCAAAAUGGCGGCAGAAUUGCCGAAGAAGACAUCAACACCUCGUCUUUUGUCCAGGGAAAUGCUGAAGUCUUUUACUCUGCUUCCCUCUAAGUUCCUGAGGGAGAAGUUUCUCAGCACAAAGAAGGAGGCCAGUCCUGAGAAGAGUAUUCUGCCCAGAAUUGGCCCAUUUAUAGACAGGAGUGAGACUCGUCGAAAGUCGUCAACAGGUGCCCUGAAACCGAGCUCGUUUGAGGUUUCCCCACCAGAGAUGGUAUUUGAGAACAUUGUCGCUCAUGAGGUUUAUGAGAUGGCGCUGUCUCUCAUGAAUAAGGACAAGUUUCCUCAGGUGGUGAAGGUCUCCAUGGAGAGCUCACCUUACUUCCAGCUCAUGAGCUCCAACAACGCGUACCGUGUCGUGCUGCCGGGCGCCUCUGUCCCUGUUCGCGUCCGCUUCACCCCUGACGAGAGCAAGGAUUAUUCCCACGAGUUCGUCUGCGUCACUGCAAGGGAAAGGAUCGUUGUGCCAAUUGUGGCCAUUGGUGCCCGAGCUGUGCUGGACUUCCCUGCCCAGCUGGACUUCUCCAAGUGUCCAGUCAAGCACAGCACCCAGCAGACUCUGCUGGUGCGCAAUGUCGGUAACCUGAAAGCUCGGUACCAGCUGAGCACCCAGAGUCCUUUCUCCGUGGUGCCGGCCACAGGAACUCUGGGCGCUGGUGAAACCCUGCAGGUGACAGUGACAUUUCACCCGCUGACCAAGGGUGACCACUGCAGCCUCCUGAGCUGCAGCACAGGUGAAGAAAGAAUCCACACAAAGCUCUAUGGAGAAGCUGUAGAUGUCAACGUUGGGCUGAGCACAAAUAUCGUGCACGUUGACACCACCUACAUCACCACAUCUACCCACAGAACCGUGUUCAUUGAAAACAGGAGUAACAUCACAGCCCACUUCCAGUGGAAGGCUUUUCCUACUGAGGAACGUGAGAAUGAAGUGAAGAGGAGGUUGGUUUGA